UAUAAAAUGAAAGGUGCAGGAGCAUUAAGAAGAGGUGGCGGAGGACAAAAUAAUAAGAAGAAUACAUUGGGAGCAAAGGGUGGAGGUCUGUUGAGAAAGCUCGAUCCUUUGAAGCAUAUAUUGAGCGGUCAGAAGUUGCAACCAAAGAGUACACAGAACCCAAUGAAGAGACAGAAGCUGCCAGAGCCCGGCGCCGGCAGGGGUGAUGGCGGCGAGUUGGAGGACGUCGACGAUAUCUCCAUCGAGGAGUACAAAAAGUCAGAGAUCAACACUUUGAAGCGCGUCAGAGACCACGUGCUGGACCAUGGCGAUGCGCUCGACAACUUUGACAUCUUGGACGACUCCCAGACCGUGUUCACCUACGCCUCUGACGACAUUGCCUCGCUCGAGAUCCUCGGCCAGGACCAGCAGCAUCUCAACCGCGGUGGCAAGCGCUAUCAGGGCCUCGAUGCCGACCUCGACGCACUGGAGAACCUGCAGCAGCAACAGGCGGAGCAGGCCAACAAUCAACAAAAGAUGGGCAGGAAGGAGAAGGCGAGGAGAAAGCUCGAGAAGAAGCUGCACGAGGCAAAGAUGAUUCACUUCAAGGAGUUGCCGCCAUUCAAGCGUAUCUUCUGGCGCGAUACAGUUCACAUGAGUGAUGAAGAGCAGCGUGCGAUACGUGUUAGGAACAAAGUGCGAAUCGAGCAAACAUUGCUUAAGAAUAACUCGUUCGAGGUCUCAGCGACGACGACAGAGACUUCAACAACGACGACAACAACAACAACAACAAGCGAGAACAAAGAGAAGGAGAAGGAUAAGGAGAUUGUAAUCCCGCGACCAAUCACGGCAUUCAACGACAGGGACUUGCCCAACUCGAUGCGCGCAUACAUUGAGUUCCUCACCAAGAAGCAUCAGGCGAUCAAGGAGCCAACACCAGUGCAGAUGCAAUGCUGGAGCGCGAUACUUGGCGGCAACGACGUACUCACAAUCGCUCAGACAGGCAGUGGAAAGACGCUCGGUUAUCUGUUGCCAGCGAUCCCUCACAUUAUGGCACAGAUGAAGGAGCGCCAGAUGCGCAGCAAGGAGAAGUCUGUCUUUCGUAACAUCAGGAGUCCCAUCGUGCUGGUCAUUGUGCCGACGAGAGAGCUGGCGCAGCAGGUGGAGUCGGUGUGCAAACCGAUGAAGUCAAAGCUGGGCGUGCACAGCAUCGCCGUGUACGGAGGCAUCAAGGCGCACGGACAGAAGGAGAUCCUGGCCGAGGAGCACAACGAGAUCAUGAUCGCCACACCCGGUCGUCUGGUCGACCUCAUCGAGCGCUCGCACGAGGUGGCCGGUCUGCUGUCGCGUGUCACCAUGCUGGUGUUUGAUGAAGCCGACAGAAUGCUUCAGCUAGGCUUCGGAGAUCAGCUCCAGAAGAUAUCCGAGCAGAUCAGACCAGAUCGCCAGACACUAAUGUUCAGCGCAACGUUCCCAAAGGCCAUGCAAGAGGCAGCAGCCAAAUGGCUGAAUCAACCGUUGAAGAUACGUGUCAAGUCGUCGGCAGCCAACGAGGAGAACACAUCAGUCAUUACAAAGAAUGUGCGACAGGUCGUCAGAGUCGUCGAGGGCAAAGAUCGAUUCGAACAUCUCUCUGCCUUCCUUCAAAUGGUCAUCAACAAGGAGCAAUUGCUGAGGAAUAGAAGUCUGAUAUUGAUAUUCGUCAAUCAGAUCAAGAAUGUGAAGCCAUUGAUGAAUCAGAUUGAGAAGAUGCUGACGAAUAUGAGAGGCGCGAAAAGAUCAACAAAGGUUGGAUGCAUAUUUGGUGAUAUGAAGCAGGAGGAGAGAGAUCAGUCGAUCAAUGACUUCAAGUCUGGAAAGAUCAAUAUCAUGGUGGCCACUGAUAUCUUGGGCAGAGGUAUCCAUAUCAACAACCUGCGAUUCGUCAUCAACUACGAUUUCCCCACAUCGCUUGAGCAGUACAUUCAUAGAGUUGGAAGAACUGGACGACAGGGCAACAAGGGCCACUCGGUCACAUACUUUGUUGCAUCGGCGCAGAACACCCCAAUGGCCAGGGGACUGAUAAGAAUCCUGGAGGAGUGCCAGCAACAGGUUCUCCCAGCUCUCACAGAAGUCGCCAACAACUACUUUGGACCAUUAGCUGAGAUGCCAGAUCUGCGACCAGAGGCAAGCAAGGACGAUGAAAGUGACUUUUCUCUUGAAGACGACAGCGACUUUGAUUAUGAUAUGAAGGAGGAUGGAGAUGAUGAUGAGGAUGAAGAUGAAGAUGAAGAUGAGGGAGUCGAUCCCAAUGACGAUGAAGAGGAGGAUUAUGAAGGCGAAGAGGAAGAAGUAGAAGACGACGAUCAGGACGUCGACGAG